AUGGGCGCUGGCGGCCCCCGGCGGGGCGAGGGCCCCCCAGACGGCGGCUGGGGCUGGGUGGUGCUGGGUGCCUGCUUCGUGGUCACUGGCUUCGCCUACGGCUUCCCCAAAGCCGUGAGCGUCUUCUUCCGGGCGCUCAUGCGCGACUUCGGCGCCGGCUACAGCGACACGGCCUGGGUGUCCUCCAUCAUGCUGGCCAUGCUCUACGGCACGGGCCCCGUGUCCAGCAUCCUCGUGACCCGCUUUGGCUGUCGCCCGGUGAUGCUGGCGGGUGGGCUGCUGGCUUCCGCAGGCAUGAUCCUAGCUUCCUUUGCCACGCGCCUCCUGGAGCUCUACCUGACCGCUGGGGUGCUCACAGGCCUGGGCCUGGCCCUCAACUUCCAGCCGUCGCUCAUCAUGCUGGGGCUGUACUUCGAGCGGCGGCGGCCUCUGGCCAACGGGCUGGCGGCGGCGGGCAGCCCCGUGUUCCUGUCCGCGCUGUCGCCGCUCGGCCAGCAGCUGCUGGAGCGCUUCGGCUGGCGCGGCGGCUUCCUGCUGCUCGGCGGGCUCCUGCUGCACUGCUGCGCCUGCGGGGCGGUCAUGAGGCCGCCGCCCGGGCCGAGCCUACGACCGCGCAGGGACAGCGCCGGCGACCGCUCGGGGGACGCUCCGGGCGAGGCAGAGGCGGACGGCGCCGGGCCGCAGCUGAGCGAGGCAACCCCCAGGACCCGGCCCCGCCGGCGCCUGCUGGACUUGGCAGUGUGCACCGACCGCGCCUUCGCCGUGUACGCCGUCACCAAGUUCCUGAUGGCGCUCGGGCUCUUCGUCCCUGCCAUCCUGCUAGUGAACUACGCCAAGGACGCGGGCGUGCCCGACACCGACGCCGCCUUCCUGCUGUCCAUCGUGGGCUUCGUGGACAUCGUGGCGCGGCCGGCGUGCGGCGCCCUGGCGGGCCUGGCGCGUCUGCGACCGCACGUCCCGUAUCUCUUCAGCCUGGCCCUGCUGGCCAACGGGCUCACGGACCUGAGCAGUGCACGCGCGCGCUCCUACGGCGCCCUCGUUGCCUUCUGCAUCGCCUUUGGCCUCUCCUACGGCAUGGUGGGCGCGCUGCAGUUCGAGGUGCUCAUGGCGGCUGUGGGCGCGUCCCGCUUCCCCAGUGCGCUGGGCCUGGUGUUGCUCUUGGAGGCUGUGGCCGUGCUCAUCGGACCGCCCUCUGCCGGCCGCCUGGUGGAUGCAUUGAAGAACUACGAGAUCAUCUUCUACCUGGCAGGCUCUGAGGUGGCCCUGGCCGGGGUCUUCAUGGCUGUCGCCACCAACUGCUGCCUGCGUUGUGCUAAAGCUGCCCCAGCAGGCCCAGGCACUGAGGACAGAGCCAGUGACACUGAGGAUGCUGAGGCCGAAGGGGACUCUGAGCCCCUGCCUGUCGCAGAGGAACCUGGCAACUUGGAGGCGCUGGAGGUGCUGAGCGCCCGGGGCGAGCCCACAGAACCAGAACCAGAGGCGAGGCUGAGGCUGGCUGCCAAGUCUGUGUAACUCAGGGUGCAUCUGGGUGGGGUGGCCCAGUGACUUGGAACACGGCUUCUUGUCUCAGAGGGCCUGGUCCACUGGGAGGCUGGUCUGGGGUGGUCACUCCCGGGGUCCACGUCUGGGCUCCAGUUGAUCCCCUGGGUGUCUGGGAACUGCCUCCCUCAUCUGUGUCCCAAGUUCCACCAGGCCGUGCCCCAUUGCCAGUGAAGCCGCUGUGCAGCAACAGGAAACUGUUGAUAAAGCUCAGCUGAACGACA